AUGGCAUGGUUUCCACGUUGGCUUUCCGUGGAGAAGGAUUUUGCUAUCCAGCGUUACAAUACUAUUGUUGAGCAUGUCGAGAGCUUUGAACUCGACUACGACCUCGAUACUUCUAAUGCCACGAAACCUACACAUGCCGCAGUGAGAGUCAGCGACCUUCUUGAGACUAUAACAGACCGCUAUCGUAAUCUAGCAUCAUUCCAGCAAAAGGUUCAGUUCCUGAUCGACGUUCAAGUCGAAAUCCUAGAUAUCUUCCACAGCCGUUUACGUGACUCACUCCAAAGAUAUCAAACGCUAACGUCAACAAUUGGUCGAAAUAUUCAAGGAGCGUCACGAGAAGACCGAGCUGACUUGCAAGGUCUUGGGGGUCUUGAACGGCUUUGCAGCAUCUACGGUAGCGCAGAGUAUAUGGUACGUAAAUUGCGAGACUUCAAUGACGACGUAUUCUUCAUUGAGCUAUGGGACGAGCUACAAUACAGAGCGCGACAGGAUAGGGGUGAUCAGAAUAUCGCGGGACAAAUGAGCCUCGAAGAUGUUGCAGAGCGGACUUCUAGCGCUGUAGGCACAGAGGAAGACUCUGGCGUUUUCUUUGAUGAGACUGCAGCGGCUUUCCGACGACUACAGGUGAAGACCGAGGAGGUGUUGCAGGACAGAUUGGUGACUAGCAUUCGCGAUAUACUCAGGCCUUACAGCAGAAUCAAUCCUUGGUCUUCUCUUUCAAAUUCGGAAUCACCUUCUUCACUUGCUCCAACCGCAGAGCUGGAUGCAACGGUUCAAUAUCUCAAUGAAAACGUCUCUUUCCUCGCCAAAGUUUUGGCACAAGCAGCCCUUCGCCGCAUUGUACGACAAGUCACUCUCGCAAUUCAGUCCUUUUUGUAUGACAACGUCUUGCUACGGUACGUAUUCUCUAUUGCUGGAGUGGCGCAAUACAAGCGAGAUGUUGAGGUCGUGUUGUCGACGAUUGAUCGCUGGGUUGGCGACGGGCAGGCUCAGAGCGGUAUGCGAAGGCUGAACGAUGCUUUGACUCUGCUCGAUCUACCGGUCCAAGCCGGUGGGGGUGCAGACAACAGUUUAGAAAAGGUCGACCUAGGACUGUGGGAAGUUGAGGAGCGUCUAUUCGUUAACAAUGAGAGUGCUAGAGAGAUCCUUCAGGAAUUGGGUCUGGAUUACCUGAGUGAGAGUGAAGCCAGAAAUGUUCUUAGGCGUAGGAUCGAGCUUUCCAGCGGAUGA